AGUCAAGAAAGUUGUCUACAUGGUUGGCAGGGUGUGUCCAAGUAGGCCAGCAGCAAUGGGAGGCCGUACAGGGACCCAUGAGAGACUCUGGACCUGGCAGCAGCAUGAGGAGGCGGUAUAUAGGGGCCCAUGGCAGAUUAGGGGCCUGGCAGCAGCUAUGGGAGGCCCGUAAUCUGCCAGCACCCUAUGUCAAAAAAUUCAACACACCAGCAGUGUGUGAGGAGACCUGAAAGUGGCACAUGGCAGAGUGUGGCGAUGGAGACAGCAGCAAUGGGAGGCCGUACAGGGACCCAUGACAGACUCUGGACCUGGCAGCAGCAUGA